AUGCAGAAAGAAAGAGGCGUUGAAGGUGACAGCGUGGACAAGGAGGAAUCUCGACAUGGAUGCGCUCCCAAGGGCUCGAGUCGCAUACCUACUUCGGAACUAUGUCGCGACCCUGUCUUGGUGGUAUCUCUCAACUAUCAACGGACGGAAGUGUACGAAGCCACCGAUUGUCGACUGUUCUACACGCUCGAGCAUCUGUCUAACGCAGGUCAAAUCUGGGUUACCGUGGCUGGACAAGCGUUUGGCGUGACCGACACCAAGCCCUACUCAUUAUGUGUGGACGGUAGUACUAACCACAAGAGUAGCUUAAGUGGUAAUGCCACGCUCUUUCACGAUGGCAAUCCAACUAAUGUGACGGAUUUCGUAUCUUCGUGGACAAGUGGAAGUGGCAGUGAGAAUGGGACCACUCCAGUGGAUCUCAACCCAGCCAACAGAGGCAAACCCAACGACGCCGGCAAAUUACACGUUGGCAGUCUCUGCGCUCUCUAUGACGUCGAGUUCCGUGACGUUUCUCUCCCCGUCGGCGAUACACAAGAAGUAUCCCUACGGAUGUACAAGCCCUCUGAUUGGGAUAAGACGGAGACUGUUAAUCAGGCGCCGACUUACCUCUGGUUUCAUGGUGGUGGAUUCCUCUUCGGCUCAUUGGGUACGGAAGACGCGCAUUGCAUCCGCCUGGUCCGGCAUCUACACGUCGUAGUUGUCAGUGUCAACUACAGACACACGCCGGAGUAUGUCUGGCCCAUUCAGCGAGAGGACACUUGUGCAGCAACAGAAUGGGUAUUCCAGAACCUGGACCUUUUGGGACGCGAUGUAACCCGUGUGAUUGUCGCUGGGGCUUCGGCCGGUUCCUUAUUGGCAGCAGCGGUAGUCAUCCAAGACAUUUACACACGAAAUUCAUCCCGUUUCUGCGGUCUCAUUCUCGAUAUUCCCCUCCUCGGCAACUCAACUCGGUUUCCUACUUCUAGCAUACAGGCGGGAAAGCUCUCUCUCGAAGAAUGCAAGCUAGCACCUUUGUUACCCCUAGCGCGACUCCAGUUCUUCGAAGAUCUUCUUGGUGACGCAGCACUUCAUGAUCCAACCUAUAACGUCCUUGGGGCGGACGAAGAGAUCCUGAAGGGUUUCCCACCAACUCAUUUCCAUGUUGCUGGACGCGAUAUCUUGCGAGACCAAGGCCUCCUGUUCGCUGAAAGGCUUAGAUCAGCAAGCAUUCCGACCACUGUCGAUAUCUAUGCAGGACUGCCUCACGGAUUUCGAGGAUAUACGACGCUUAAUGCGACAAGGAAGUGGAUUGAAGAUCAUGUUGCUGCGGUGAAGCGGCUAGCUCGAGCAUAA